AAAUGUUUACAACGAUGGGCAGCCGGAGAAACGGCUUUCAGAAGGAAAGCUUUAUUCUGUCAGUAGACGUUGGUACAACGUCUAUCAGAUGUCAUGUGUACGAUAAGGAGGCGAGAAUCCGAGGAUCAUGCACCAGCAAGGUUGAGCCGUUGUAUCCAGAGGUGGGGCAUGUGGAGAUGGACCCAGAUGCAUUGUGGAAAGGCUUUAUUACUGUGGUCAAAGGAGCCGUGCAAGAUGCAGGAGUUCAAAUGUGCCAGAUGGAGGCCCUUGGCAUCUCCACUCAGAGAGCAACCUUCACAACCUGGGACAGGAGAACGGGGGUUCCUUUUCACAACUUCAUCAGCUGGCAGGAUCAAAGAGCUGCAGAACUGGUGAAGUCUUGGAACAGAUCGUGCACCAUGAAGGUAAUCCAUGGCGUGAUGAAGUUGGCCUAUUUCCUGACGCGGCACAAAAGAUCCCUAGCAGCGAGCCUCAUUGUCUUUUCCACUCAGCACGUCACCUUUCGCCUCGUGUGGAUGUUGGCCCACUACAAGCAGGUUCAUCAAGCGAUCGAAGAAGGCAACUGCUGCUUUGGAACAAUCGACACCUGGCUUUUGUUCAAACUCACAAAAGGACGUGUCCAUGCCACAGACUACUCCAAUGCCAGUUCUACAGGAAUGUUUGACUCCUACCAGAUGUGUUGGAGUGGGUUUCUCUGCUCUCUUGUCUCUCUGCCCCUCUCAAUUUUCCCCCAAGUAGAAAAUACAGGCCAUAACUUUGGCUCCAUAGAUCCGUCCAUCUUCGGAGUAUCCAUUCCCAUUAUGUCAGUGAUGGCGGACCAGCAGGCAGCCAUGUUUGGAGAGUGCUGCUUUGAUGUGGGCGAUGUAAAAAUCACAAUGGGAACAGGUACCUUCAUGGACAUCAAUACUGGGGUCAAACCACACACAUCUCUAGCAGGUCUGUAUCCACUUGUGGGAUGGAAGAUUGGCUCUGAUGUUGUGUACCUAGCAGAGGGGAAUGCAGCAGACACAGGCACUGCCAUCAAAUGGGCCCAAGAGCUCGAGCUCUUCUCAGAUGUCACAGAGACCAGCGAUAUGGCUUACAGCGUCAGUGAUUCAGAUGGGGUGUGCUUCGUCCCUUCAUUUAGUGGCCUGCAGGCUCCUCUGAAUGACCCCAGAGCAUGUGCCUCCCUCAUGGGCCUCAAGCCUUCCACGACCAAAAGCCACCUGGUCCGAGCCAUUCUGGAGUCCGUUGCCUUCAGAAACAAACAGCUGUAUGACACCAUGCUGAGAGAGACCCACAUUCCCAUCACACAGAUCAGGGUGGAUGGUGGCGUUUCCUCCAACGACUUCGUCACGCAGCUGACUGCAGACCUGUUUGGCAGAAAGCUGGUCAGACCCCAACACCUUGAGAUGUCUUCCCUGGGGGCUGCUUUUGUUGCCGGACUUGCAGUGGGGUUCUGGACAACCCGUGAAGAGCUGAAGAAGCUGCAGAAUGCUGAUAAGGUGUUCCUGCCUAAAGGUGCUGCUAAGAGGGGCACCGCCAGGCCAAGUCAGGAAUACAUCCCCGUCCUCCAGAGUUGGGAGAGAGCCCUGAGGCGCUCCAUGAACUGGUACAAGCCCUGACAGUGGAUGCACAAACAGGAAGGUCCUGGGGCAGAAAAAAUGGAAACAACAAAUGAGCUGCUGAGUGCAUGUGAAAACACAGAACUAACCGUCAGCUGAAUUGAACUGUUUAAGAGUGUGAAUCAUGAUCAUUAUAUUGUGAAGACAUGAUACUUAAAGCUUUUGGUGAUGGAGGCUUGAUGGCCGGUGUAAAAUAGACCAAUAGUUACUUGAACAUGAGAGCAAUCUUCUGAGCUUUACAGCCAUGUCAGACUUGAUCUAAGGCCCUGUUCAGACCCGGCACUGACAUUCAUCCUGGGGAAUCAGAUCAUGCAUGGACAGAGCUGACUAUAGGCAUGAACACGCUCAUCUACUGGCUUAACUCUUCUGUGUCAGACCAGAUAAGGAGCACUGUAGAGAUGCACCGAUCAGAGAUUUAUGGCCAGUUUCUGAUCCCCAAUGUUUUGUUUAGAGCUUCGAGUUGCUGAAUGCCAUCUUGGCAAAUUCUUUGAGAACUGAAAUACAAGAAGAUAAAAGAAUAGGACUUAUUUUUAUCUCUCAUCUUUUUAUCAUUAGCAGUGAAAUAUUGUUUAUUUUAGCAGAGAUGACUUCGCACUGUGAGAAAUCUUGUCAAACAGGAAAAGAUUUGCAGAUGACAUUUUAAACCAUCUUUACCAUCUAAUAUUAGCAUGGUUAGCAUUGUUAGCUUUGUACGACAGCCUCCAUGUGUACUCCAUAGUAACUCUAUGCUCAAAAGAAUAAAAAAAGAACUUUUCCAGAAACCUUGAAGCCUUCCUGGUAUCGGCUGAGCUAAGUUCCAGCUUGAUUUGCUCCUUUUCCGAUUCAAAUUAGCCUUCUGUGGCAGACAGUACCCCACCUUACUCGGUAGAAAAAAGAGCCAACAUACUAUAGAAAUCAGUUUUCUUUUUAAAUAUUUCUUGCAACUUUUUACACUUCCCCUGAUGCCCUAUUAAACACCUCACCGGAAAGGAAAGUGUACUGAGCUUAAAGUCACAAACUGAUAGCCAGGCCAUCUCUCUUAGGGACUUUCUGCUAGAAAAAAGAAUUAAUGGAAAGUUGUUUCUUGGCUUUACUCAGGUUGUCUGAUAUAAACAAUUGUUGAAUCCAAAAUGUGCGACACAAAAGCAAAAACAAAAGAAAUCUGUAAGGGGGUAAUGACUUUUCCACUGUAAUUAAAUCUUUAUUUUUGAUAGAAUGCAGGUAACUGAGAUCUGACCAGUUAAGAUGGGUUCUAGGUGAGAUCACUCAUGCUGAAAGCUGUAUCCAUAGCAGCCAGGACGCAUGUUAUUGCGUGAGUCUAAACUGGGCCUAUAGUGUUCAUAGCCAUAAAGAAACAAAUUCCUCCUCCAUGAUUUCUUCACAUCAGUGCCAUCUACUCAGAAGUGAACUUCAUCACUGCUGGAUUACAUUUUUCAGUCUCUUUGCUCACUUAUGAAAUAAUAUUGAACACCCUAAAUAAUAUUACUGGCUUAUAAGCCUUUAAUUCGUGAGCGCUCCAUAGCAACCACUGAGUGCUAAAUGUUAAUCUUGGGACACAAGCCAAAGUCCAUUUAGAUUCAAGCAUAAUCCUUAGUUGAGCUCAGCUUGGACAAAAAGAAAACUGACCUUAAGACUGGCAAUCUAAAAGCUCUUAGUUGUUUCAGAAACACUAUUGUUAAUGAAGCUGCUUCUUGCUGAUUUAAAAUGAAAUCUUUAAAGUCAUUUUAGGAAAACGUGGACCUGGUUAAAAAAAAAAACAUGAUUCCUUUGGGAAAUUUGGAGCAACUGUAUUUGAAAUCCUUCAAUGUUUGUAAAUAAUUUUAAUAUCAUUGUGUUAAAUCCUGCCUCACACUGUUACAAUAUGACUAAACAUGCAUAAGCCUCUGGGCUCACUAUUUAAAUGCAUUGUACUAUUUGGAUUGUAAUAGGAACCAAAUAAUUGCACUUUGGAAUUUUAACAAUGUUUUGUAAUUUCAUUAAUGAUUAAUUAAAUGAGGGGAUCAGGGUUAUAAGUGCAGGUUGAACUGGAACAUUCCAAUACUCAUCAUGGUUUUCCUAAAAAUGUAAUUUUUCCAUGGGAGGACGGCAUGUUGAUGUCAUGUUAUCUGUGUAAACUUUGAAGACAUUCUGCUAACAUGAUUGUGCUGUAACACAUGUAUAUUUUAGCUACACAACCGGGAGCUGUGAACCUAUUUCUUCCCCAUUUUAUGCAAUAGACCAGCACAAACCAGUGAAGAGGAAGAAAUGAUGCAUUGUUUUCAAGACCGUUUACAUAUAAAUCUGAAGUGUGGUGUGCAUAUGUAUCUCAGCAUCCAGAGACAGAACCCCAAUUCGUGAUUUUAAAACUGGCUGAAGCUCAUACAGAUUAAAUGGAGAAUGUUUGUGUACAAAACUUUUCAAGUAAUGCAACAGAUUCUCAAUUUGCUUUAAGCCGGGGCUAACUUAUUCUAACACCUUAAUAUAAAUCCGGCUGCAUACAUAGGCCUGUUGUCAUGCUAGGAGGUGAACCUCCACUCAAGUCUCAGGCCUGUUGCUGUUUCUGACUGUUUUAUGUUAAGGUUGUUCUGUAAUUACCUCUUUCCCUCUUCCGUAAACUCUAAGAUUAAGAGGAUACGUUCAGGGCGAUGUGCAGUAUUAGUUCCACACAUAAUUUUGCAUGUAGGUCAAAACGUUCAGUUUUCGAAAGGCACAUUAUCCCAGAUGUGAGGGAUGUAACACAUUUUUUUCUGUAAUUUUUCCAGACAGGACUUUUUGUAUGUUGUAAAAGGUCUAAUAAUAAAUCAUGGACUCUCCAA